ACUAAUUAGAUUUUUUAGGGAAAGCAAGAAUAAAGAGAAAAGAUCAUCAAACGAGUUUACAUUACAUCAUUGGAGAAGAUACAACUGGAAGAUUUUGAUUAGUACACACGGGGAUCCUCUCAUGCAACCUUUUGAAGACUCUACUUGAUUAUUAUUUCACUAUUUAGUACUAUUAAUUGGAUGGUUAAGAUAUUUUUUUAUCAAACAUUAACAACAUUCCUCCUAAAUAAAAACUCCACCGAUUUAAAGAGAAUAGUGUUUGCAAGUAUAUACAAAGAACGGGAGGCAACGAGCCUGAAUACAUUAUUGUUUAUUCAACUUUUACAUUCGUAACAUGCGUUUAGUCGAGUCAUGUAAAUAUUACGUGCACAUCAAAAGUCAUUAGGCAAUACAAAAUAGAAACAACUUAUGAUAUAUGAUUAGCAAUAAAAAAGGACAUUCGUGAUCCUGUUGAGUAAGAGAAUUUGUCAAAACAAUAACGUAACGAGUUAUGUAAAUUUCUCAAUGUAAAUACAAACAUUUUUCAGAAUGAUAAGAAGUAGAUGGAUGAAGAACAUGAAUCAUCUACCUAUCAAAUGAGGCGAAGAACCAUGACUGAAACCGGUUACGAAACCACCUUUCGAGAUACCAUUUCUCGAGCAAAAUGUAAAUCAAGUCUCAUACAUCCAUCUCCAAUACUAGUUUCACCUCCAAAAGAAGAAAUGAAGGCAUCUCUUGAAUCUAGAAGAUAGAAGUAGAACUAACGGUAUUCGCUACAUUUUAUGUAAAAACAUGGCAGGUAUAUGAACCAUCGAGAAUAUUAAAGAAACAAGAACAACACUACUAAUUCGUCCACACUAAGAUCUUUUCGAAAAUUUGAAAGCCAUCAACCAAGUAUGUUGAUAUUUUAAUGUGUGGAAGACUAGCUAGCUACCUAGCACAUGUUGCCACUACCAAACUAAGUAUGGCAUUCAAUGCUCCACCUUAAAACUCACCCCCUAUGUCGACGGUGUGGAACAUGGAAAUAAGCUUUGGGACUCUCAUAAUCCCAAAACCCAAAGGAACACAUAUUACAUUACAUAAACUAUGGAUGGGAUCUUCUCCAUUAAUUGUCUCAAGGAAGGUUUGUUGUUUCUUCGUUUCAUCAAAACAAAAAAACCCUAAUGAUUUCACUCAUUCAAGGCCGGAUUGAAGAUUUCGUGUCCAAUUAACAAUGAAUGUCUUUGAAUGAAUAAACAAAGCUAAAGAUUCCAUGGACGGAGUGACCAAACUACACUCUACGUCGAUCGAUGCUUCCAUGGAUGCUCUGUAAUCCGGGAAAACAGAGAUCUGUUCCCCGAGAAAGCAAGCAGGUAAAUCCAAAACCUAUUCAAUGCCUUGUAACGUUCUUCACUUAUUAUAAUAGUGAUUAGAAUAAUUAAUCCACUUGUGUAUACUUAAUUUUCUUUGUAUUCAUGAUUAGAGUUAGAUAUGCAAUGAUUAUCCAUCUAUGUAUACCCCAUGUCAUGUAUAUUUGAACUUUACUAGGGUAUCGACAAUACCCAUGAUAGAUUAUUUCCUACGUGGUAGCAAAGACUGAGAAAUUAACAAAUUUGUAGUAGAAUUUGCAUCAAGUGAUUAAAUUCGUAAUGGGUAUUUUCCAAUCAAUAGAUGUGGCUUAUAAUAUGAUAUUAGAGUUGGUUUGUACUUUACAUCACACCUUCAACUUUUAACUACCCCAAUAUUAAUAGUUGUCUUCAAGCACAUGGUAUGGGGGCCUGGGCAAAUUUCAAGUCCACGAGUUGAGUUUUGUUUGAGAGGGCAAGUUGAUUUAUGAAAAAUUAUCGUGUAGUUAAGAUCCAUACAUGUGUCUCUCCUAACAACUCGAGUUAUUGAAAUCAUUUGGUUUAUGAAAAAUUACGACGCCAUGCCUUUUUUCCGUUCUUCUUCUUGCAUGCAAUAUUUUCUUCUUGUUCUCGAGUUUGGAGCACUUUAGUUUCCAUUGUGACAUUUCUUAGUUCACGAUAAUUUUCUCGUUGAUUGAAUUACAUGUUUGAUCUUAUGAAAACAUAAGAAUGAACUCGUUUUCAGGGGGUGUGACUAUAAAACCUUAUAGAGACAACAAUCUUGGAUUCGUUGAAACUUCACCCAGAAGAUGAAUUCGUGUGGGCACUGAUAACUCUAUCUACCAGUUAAAUCACUAUCAAUUGCAACCAGAGACUUCGUGAGAGCGAUGGUGGUCUACUCAUAGAGACACUCAAUAUUAAUUUUAGAGGUGUAAUAUACACUUGCUAAAUCUCAAAUGAUAAUAUUUUAUAGGACUCUCGAAAAAUUCUUUCUAAAAAGAUCGAUACUUGUCUACUAUAUUUUAUACUACUUUUUUCGAAAAUUAUAUUUAGAACACUCUCUAGUCUCUUGAUAUUUUUUUCUCUCCGUGUUGUUCUAAUAGAUUAGGUUCCCUUUGUCGGCAAAUGCUAUUCAGAUCUUACUAAUGCAUGUGUGUUCUUUAUAGUAUACCUAAACACAUACAGGAAAAGGAAAGCCACAUCUUUUCUUUGUUAAAAUACAGUAAGAGAGGAAAAGGGAAGGCAAAGGGUCCAAAAGAAGCAAGAGGAGGAAAGGCAAAACAGAACUCCCUCUUUUCUGCAGGUUCAUAAGGAGAGCCUGUGAGUGGUUGGAAGAGGAUCAGAGCACCCUUUUUUUGGCUCAUAACAAAGAAAGAAAAAGGCUCUGAAAAUUUUCAGUGUCCAAAACUAAAUAACCCAUUAACCUCUCCUCCUCUGUCUCUUCUCUGUUUCAUGUAUUAAUUAGCCAUGCAGUGAGAAGCACUAAACCCUAUGCAUGUCUUGUUAUUGUUUGACCCUCUCUCCUUCAUUGACUCUCCCCCUCCUCCAUUUCCAGAAGCUUUUAGCAGCUCAAACUCCCAAAUCUCUCUUCUUUAUUCCAUUUUUCUACUACACCUUUGAAACCAAACCUCACCCUAUACCCCUUUUUCUCUCAUCUGUCCUGUUUUUCUCCCCACUCAAUAAACAACCAUAAACCCCAAAAAGGCCCCAAAAAGAGACCACAGAAGGAAGUCACAGCAGAAAGACAUUAAACCCACAGGCCACAGUACACCAGUUCCCCUUCUCAUUCCCCCCCCAGCUAACCUUCUCCUUCUCCUUCCCCAAUUCCUAUCUUCCUUUCCCAUUACCAUCCCUUUUCCUGGAAGCCAAAAGGGUACCCCAUUCCCCCUCUUAAUUUCCAUUACAUUGAUAUGAUCUUUGCCUUUCCACACCAGACCCAACAAGGAGAAAACUUCCCCACUUUUGCCUCCAAAACCCUCAUCACCAUUCUUCUUCUUCUCCUUCUUGUUGUGGAAGGUGCAUGGUUUCCUUUUUUCUGUGUCCGAGUAGUACACCAACAACGUUGUUUCUUGAAAUCAGGCAGAUCAAGAACUAUAGUAUGGGUGUAGUAGUAGUGAGAAGGCCCAUUUUGGUAGUACUGCUGCUUCUCUUCUUACAGAAACCAACUCCUUCUUCCUCUUCUUCCAGAAGGUUUGCUGCUAUAGCUGUUGCUUCUCCUCCUUCCCCUGCAUUUUCCCCUCCUCUUCCUCUUCCUGCCUCUUCUUCGGCUCAUAAGAAUGAUCAUCAAGAACUUGGAGUUGGAGGGCACAGCAACGAAGUUAGUAGCAGUGAAGAGGGAAGUGUGGUCAGCAAUGUUGGUGGCGUUUUCGACGAUGAGAAGAGGAAAAUCUACACAGGUCCAAACCCUUUACACAAUAGAUAAAUAAAAAGUUACUGCGAGUAGUAACUAGCUAUUAGCUCAAUUAGCCAAGGAAGAGCUUUUUUUUUCUUUCAUUUUGUUGUAUUUCCUUCUUUUUUUUGUAAUUUUGUUUCUACUGGGUUCAUCUAUUUUUGUCCACAUAUAAUGAAGAAGAAGAUGAAGCUGCCAUGAGAAUUGAGUUUUUUCUUCCUUCUUUCAUUUGUUUAUUUCCCACCACCACCAUGCUCUCUUUUUUUUUUUUUCUUUCUUUCUUUGAUUGGUAAUGAUAUUGUUGCUUGACUUUGUAUUGACGCUUGUCAGGAAUUGCAUAUACAAAAUUUUGAAUGUUGUAUAUUUCCCCUCUACUGUCUCCUUUUUCUGGGGAUUAUUGCAGCAGAAUUCAAUGUGGGGAUGUUAUUGUAAUGUUUGAUUUCUCUUGGAAAUAAGAGAACAGAAAGAAGGUGAAUGGUGCAUGGAAAGAUAAGAGUAAUAAACAAUGAUGAUGAAA